AAUCGGUCGGGUUCGUGCACUGACUACUUGUAUCAAAUUAAUUAGAAUAAGUGCUGAUAUUCGUACAUUGAAGCUUUAUCAACAGUGUUCAGUCGCUCUUCGACAAUGAAUAGCGAUGCUUGUAAAUAGUGCGUGUUGUAUAUAAGCUGUGUUUUUGAAUGAUUUUUGUUUGUGUGAAAAAUGGAAAAUAAAAUAAAUACGAUAGCUGAGGAUGUGGAUAAUAAGGAGCAAUAUGCGGCUGACCUGGAUCAAGCUCUUGCAGUGGCAGGUCUGGGGUGGUACAACGUAAAAUACUGUUUCUGCUUGGCGUUGUUCUUGAUCGCCGCCAUCGUUGAACCUGUUGGCUACUCCUUCGUCCUACCAGCUGCGAUGUGCGACUUGGACAUGACCGAUGGACAGAGAGGAUUCAUCGCUUCAAUACCAUAUAUAGGUAUCGUAAUCACAUCAUUCCCAUGGGGCUACCUUGUGGACACACGGGGGCGCAAGAAGGUAGUCAUAUACAGUUCCCUGGCUGCCGGUCUUUUUGGCAUAGCUUCCGCUUUCAUGCCGAACCUUAUAACCUUUGCCCUUUGCAAGUUCCUUACGGCACUAUGCUUAGCUUGUCCGGCAGCAGUGCCCUACACAUUUAUUGGAGAGAUUCUACCAGGGAAAUACAGAGAUGUGGUGUUAUCAAUCACUAACGCCUUGCAAAUAUCUGGUUCCGCCUUAGUACCCCUAUUGGCGUGGGGUAUACUGCCUCUUGAUUUCCGGAUAGACUUCGGAUUAUAUGACUUCAGACCAUGGAGACUUUUAACUGUGGUAUACGCAUGCAUGUUUCUCAUAAGUGCUGGACUGCUGAGUUUUGGCCCUGAAAGCCCAAAAUAUUUGGUUUCCGAAGGAAAAUUAGAUGAAGCGUUGAAAGUUCUGCAAAUUAUGUACGCUGGAAAUAAAAAGAAGGCGCCAGAAGAUUUCCCGAUCAAAAGACUGGACGCGGUACAAACUGACAAGCAAAAGAAGAGUUUCCUGACUUCUUUGAAAGUCCAAAGUUUGCCGUUAUUGAAACCACCUUAUUUGAAAUGGUUUGCUCUUAAUGGAUUCUUGCUGUUUGGAAUAUUUUCAGUACUGAAUGGUUUAUACAUGUGGGUCCCAGAUGUUUUAAACAGAGUUAUGACUGGCGACGAAGGCGAAAAGACUGCGUGUGAGGUCAUCUCGGAUAGAUUUAAUCAGACGCAAGGAGAAGAUGUAGAGUGCAAUGACACAAUUGACUCAAUAACAUUUGUCAUCAAUUCUGUGGCUAAUGUAAGCUGUGCCUUAAUAGCCGUAGCUGUGAGCAGCACUGUGAAAAUUAUAGGCAAGAAGAGGCUAUUGAUAGGCGUAUAUUUAAUCAUCGGAACUUUUUGCAUUUUAAUCAACUUUAUUACACAAGACAUGGUGUUUGCUGUACUCCUCUCGACAUUCCCCAUUAUGGGUCUUGCCAUUGGACCCGUGAAUGCCUAUGCCGUUGAAAUAUUCCCGACGAAUUUGAGAGGCAUGGCUGUUAGUUUAACAAUGAUGCUUGGUCGAACUGGAUCAAUAGUUGGCACUAACGUAGCUGGAUUACUUCUUAACGCGGCUUGUGAAGCGACCUUCUACACAUUUGGAAGCUUAUUAAUUCUUUGCGGAUUACUUGCGUUCUUAUUGCCAAGUGGAAAUGGACCCCCAAAACCGCAGCAACAGAAUCCACAACAAUUAAAAGACAUGACUAGAUUAUAAGAUAAUGUUAUGUGUGAUAAUAAUGUAAUAUAAACAUCACAUAGGUGAUACGACCCCAGACUUGUUAUUUAAUUAAAUUAUUCUUGUUAAUUUCA